AUGGAUUCUAUCCUGGGGUUCAACCUAUCGCGUAUCAUAUCCGAUGGACCAAAUUCGAAAUUAAACAAAACAGAGAAUGCGCAGCCCGCCAUCAUGGCCAUAUCCGUUCUUAUUCUCCGCAUACUGGAAAAUGAAUUCGGGUUGGAUACUAGAUCGCGAGUCGACGUGACUCUAGGGCACAGUCUUGGAGAGUUCACGGCACUAGUCGCCGGUGGCUAUCUUCAAUUUCCUGACGCGCUCAAGCUGGUGCGACACCGAGCCGAAGUAAUGGCACGAUGUACCAAAGAAAUGGUCGAACACUCCGGUGAAACAUAUGGAAUGGUAGCAUUGAUAUGUGAACCCGAACAUCUCGAAAGCCUCCUCAGAACUGUUCAGGAGUUCCUUGGGCUAGGAGCCGACGACACAAUCCAAGCCCCAUCGAUCCAACAAGUCAUGGUAGCGAACAUCAAUUCGCCGAAUCAAAUUGUUCUCAGUGGCAGCAUUGAACGGAUACGGACUCUCCUUGUCCAGCUGCGCCAAUUUGGGGGACAUGAUCCCCGUGCCGUGAGACUCAAAAGCGAGAGCCCCUUUCACAGUCCUGUGAUGUUUCCCGCUACUGAAUACAUGCGAUCCGCUCUCGAAGAAGUCAAUAUUACUUUCCCUGGCAGAAUGCCUUGUAUCUCGAAUGUCUCGGCACUGCCGUUCCAGUCGAAGCAAGACCUGAAGAACCUCCUGUCGCGACAAUGUACCGAUACGGUGAGAUGGUGGGACAGUGUCCGUUAUCUCCAUCAGGAAGAGGGCGUGAGACGUUGGAUUGGUAUUGGACCUGGAAAGGUAGGUCGAAAUUUGGUCGGAAAAGAAGUUGGAAGAGUAAACGCCAAGGGAGGUGGUGUAUGGGCUGUUUGCAAUCCCAAAGAAAUGGAGGACAUGAUUGUGGCAUUGGAACAAACCGAGUCGGAAGUCAGAAAUCAUUGA